GCCGCCGCCAUGGCCGCCCGCAGGGCGCUGCACUUCGUCUUCAAAGUGGGAGACCGGGCCCGCACGGCGCGGUUCUACCGGGAGCUUCUCGGCAUGAGGGUGCUGCGGCACGAGGAGUUCGAGGAGGGCUGCAAGGCCGCCUGCAACGGCCCUUAUGAUGGAAAAUGGAGCAAGACCAUGGUGGGCUAUGGACCAGAGGACAAUCACUUUGUGGUAGAGCUGACUUACAAUUAUGGCAUUGGGGAAUAUCGCCUGGGCAACGACUUCCUGGGCAUCACUCUGGUGUCCAGCCAGGCUGUGAGCAAUGCCAAGAAGAUGGGCUGGCCCCUCAAAGAGGUCACCUCUGGUGUCUUUGAAACUGAAGCCCCAGGAGGAUACAAGUUCUACCUGGAAGACAAGGAACGGCUCAAGCAAGAUCCCGUGUGGAAGGUAACCCUGGGUGUCUCAAACCUGCAGAAGUCUGUGAGCUACUGGUCUGGUUUACUUGGGAUGAAAAUAUAUGAGAAGGAUGAGGAGAAACAAAGAGCUUUGCUGGGCUAUGCUGAUGACCAGUGCAAGCUGGAGCUGAGGGCUGUAGGAGGGGCAGUGGAUCACGGGACAGCGUUCGGCCGCGUCGCCUUCUCCUGUGCCAAGGAUGAGCUGCCAAGCAUUGAAGCCCUGAUGAAAAAGGAGAAUCAGAAGAUUCUGACACCUCUGGUUAGCCUGGACACACCUGGCAAAGCCACAGUGCAAGUGGUGAUUCUGGCUGAUCCUGAUGGCCAUGAAGUCUGUUUUGUGGGAGAUGAAGCGUUCAGAGAGCUGUCCCAGGUGGACCCUAAUGGUGACAAGCUGUUGGAUGAUGCCAUGGCUGCAGACAACAGUGACAAGUGGUUUGCUGAGCACAACAUGAAGAAGGUUUCAGCUUAGCUGGGGGAAAGGCCUGGGCUGCUCCUCUGUGCCUUGGAGCCCUUCCAAGAAAAUGCCAAUCCUGUUCCAGUGCUGCCUUUGCACUCAGAGGCUGCUGGGAUGUCCCAUGGUGGAUUUUUGGGUUGAUUUAAGCUGAUGUCUCUGCCUUUCACAUCUCCUCCUUCCAAAGAACUGGGGCUGUGCAGCGAAGGAGCAGCUGGCUUCAGAACCAGGGAUCAUCACUCAAGGAAACCUCACAUUUCUGUGGUGUUGUACUUUAAAGAAAGGUGAAUAGAUGCGUUAUUUUCUGAUUAAUUUGCUUUAGCUGUUGUUUAUUUGCAGGCUAGAGAGGAGAUUUUGAGGUAGCUGUGGCUACUCCCCCUCUCCACUGGGGUGUGGGGUGCAUCCCUUUAUUGGGAACAAAGAAAUGAUUUGUGUGAA